CACAUCUUGACAUGAUAAUUCAGAUUCAGGUCAGGAUUUUUUUUAAUUACCUGACCAUAGGUCAGUGACCUAACUUCAGCCUGAUUUUUUUCAAAAUUUCCAAACAAAUAUUUUAGGUUAUCUGAAAGCACUAACAACGCGACAGAGGUAGGACGUGCUAAAGUUCUAUCCAGCGAGAAUUGUCGAAAUUGAAGCCUUCAGGCCCAUUAUAGCUAAGCAUUCAGCUUAUUAUCUUGGACGAGAGCUUCAUCGCGAUCGUAACAGAUUGCAGGCAUAGUGAAAUAAGUGCCUAGUGAAUUAGAAUCAAACGAGUUAAGUGAAAUUUUUAUCGUAUAGUGCUGAGAGUGGCCAUAUUGUGUCAGCAUGCAUACCAGAGCGAGAGAGCUAAUCAUCACCUUACAUCUACACAGACUUAUUGGUUUCGGUAAUCAGACAGAAAGUCUCAUCGGGUGGAAAUACAAUACAGGUAAGGUAAUUGUACACACAAUCAAAAACCAAUUUGAAACGCCAUACGGCUCAUCUUGGGUACUCCUUUUGAUGCCACAAAAUCACACAGCAAAUUUUAACAAAUUUGCUGUGGUAAAAGUCCAAGAUACAGACACUAUCUUGUUAAUCGAAACGACCGCAAGGUUCAACACUGAUACGAAACAAUCACUUAAUAUGCUUAAAAUCAUCGAUAUGACGAGUGAUAUUGCCAGAUGUAAGUUAACUCCAACAAGCAUUGUAAACCCCUUCUCACACACACCGCGAACCAAACAUGACACCACUCGAGAAUAUACAACUACUCGAUCUCUUUCAUUACCAACACACCGAUUCUCCCACAUUAAAUCAAACUCCAUCAUUGAGUCGCAUUCAGCCACAUGGUGGCAAAUUAAUUCAAAAGUUUUAGCUCAAAUAAGGAAAAAGCUUUCGGUUAAUGGCAAGCGUAAUUCGAAUUAUUUAGUUACAACAAAACCAGCAAACAAGUUGAACCAUCGCUAUUCAAAAUUAAAGAUCGCAAACACCGAACAUGUCAAAGGAUGUAAUAAGCCCUAGAAGUGAAAAUCGACUCCUACAAUCGGACAACGAGGACAACGAAUUAAAUACAACAAUAGUGUUUGGACCGAAUCGUAUAUACCGAACCAUUAGCGAAUCGUCGUUGAGCGGUAUAUCAGCAAACCUCAACAAUUUGGAGGUAACGAAUUCCUCUAAGCGUAACCACCGUUCCAUGGUAUUCUCGGAAGAUACAACAGAAAAAUCGUCGUCGUCUACUCCGAAAAAAUUGAAACCAUCAGUCACAAUGCCGCCGCUUGUUUCCGAAGUGGUUAAAAAUGACUUCCACAUCGUCGACAUUGUUUCGGACGAUGCAGCAAUUGAGUUCUUCAGUGAGACGCAAGGCACCAGCAUAUACACCGCCGUGCUAAAAGAAAUCACUCGAGCGAAAGACAUCAGCAAAAUCAACUUUGAGGAUAGCUUCCUCGACCGGGGAAAAUUUCGCUACAUCUGUUCAAAUGCCACAACUCGGGAUUGGCUCACUUCGAUAAUCCCAGGUAUUAUUCCAUGGGGAAACGCGAAAAUUAAGUCAAUCAAUCAAGGGGCCCCACCAACUCUGUUCAAGUACACAAUGAUCGUGUCGAUGCCAUCGCUCGAGCCACCCGAUAUUUUCACUCUCAUGGCAGCGCAAAAUGUCAAUCUGGAUACCUCCAAUUGGAGAUGCGUUUUUCGGUCCAAAGUCGAAAAGAAUAAGCAAACGUGGAUCGUCAACGUCGAUGAAAAUUCACUUCCAGCACUUAAGGAAGUCGAUUUCAAACCGUACGCCGGCAGCAGCCGGAUAAAAAUGUUCCCGAAAAAGUGAAUGAAGCAGCAGCGAUCACUAAUUUGUAAAAUCCAUUCCCAUAAAUUGAAUAAAAAUGAAAAAUUUAUUUCCCAGCAUACAAAUCAA